AUGGGUCUUUUUGAUUCUGCUUCGCGCGUUUUUGUCGCCGCCACGGUUUUGCGCCUCGUUUUGCUCGUCUACGGCGGCUGGCAGGAUGCCAACUCCGCCGUGAAAUAUACCGACAUUGACUACAUGGUGUUCACUGAUGCAGCGCGAUAUGUCUCCACGGGAGAGUCGCCAUAUGCGAGAGACACUUAUCGCUACACACCGCUUCUGGCGUGGAUGCUUCUUCCGACGGCUUGGGAGGGAUCGGCCCCCUGGGCCACUUUGACUUUCGCCUUUGGUAAGGCGCUUUUCGCUCUGGCCGAUGUCCUUGCUGGGUGGCUGGUUGUUCAGUUGUUGCGCCAAUGUUAUAGCUUCCCGACCGAGCGGGCGCUAAGAUACGUUGCUGCUGUUUGGUUGUGGAAUCCAAUGGUUGCCAAUAUCAGCACUCGUGGCAGUUCCGAGGGUCUGCUUGGAGUGCUUGUUGCUGCAUUGCUGUGGGCUACUUUGACAAGGAAAGCUGUUCUGGCGGGUGUCAUUCUUGGGCUUGCUGUGCACUUCAAGAUCUACCCGUUCAUAUAUGGAGUCUCGAUCCUCUGGUGGUGGGAUGCUCAGCGUGAUGGUGCUGCUCCGGACACCAAAUCCGAUUUAUUGUCCCGGAUCACCGGCUUUGUGACUGCUUCCCGUGUUAAGCUGACUCUGGCUGCGCUGGUCACCUUUGUUGCCUUGAACUUGGCCAUGUACCUUCAGUACGGCAUGCCGUUUGUUCAUCACACCUUCUUCCACCACCUAACGCGCAUCGACCAUCGUCACAACUUCUCGCCUUACAGUACCCUGCUGUACCUUACUUCUGCGGAUGUUGUGACAUUCCAUUUCGAAACCGUUGCAUUCUUACCCCAGCUACUGCUUGCGGUGAUCGCCCUGCCGCUCGUGCUCGCGAAGAAAAGCCUGGCGACUGCCAUGCUAGCUCAGACCUUUGCAUUUGUCACCUUUAACAAAGUCUGCACCAGUCAGUACUUCCUGUGGUACCUCAUUCUUUUGCCGUUCUACUUGCCGUCCUCCUCGCUCAUCCGCAAGCCCGCAUUGGGUAUUUCGGCGGCAAUUUUCUGGGUCCUUGGACAGGCUCUCUGGCUAUCUCAGGGCUACAAUCUCGAAUUCCUCGGCCUUUCAUCCUUUGUGCCAGGACUCUUCCUUGCAUCUGUAUUAUUCUUCGGUGUCAACGUGUGGAUUCUGGGUAUCAUUGUUAGUGACGGUGGCGAGAGCGAGGAUGUAAAUAACCCGGUUAGAAUUAAGCCUUGA